CAAAUAUAUUUCUCUUGUAUCGCUUGACUAAUCAGCUGUUCGCAUGUAAACAAUAUUCAUUGAUUUUGGUGGUUAAUGCGUAGAAUUGUUAUUUAGGCUACUAGGACAAGUUCAAUCACGUAAUCUCACACACACAGAGAAAUGUGCACGCUACAUAUCGAGGAGGAGACGCACUUGGCUGCAAUGAGCAGCCGAAAUCGAACGCGAACACCAAGCCCAAUGCCAAUGCGAAGGGUACACUUCGGCGAGCUGACAUUGUUCGACAUUAACUGGGAUGAUGUGCUAAUACCAAAAAUGUCUACCUACCUCUCAAUCAAAGACCUCUUCAAUUUGCGCAGUUGCUCGCGCACAGCAUUGCGCUUAGCGGAGGCUGCGCUAGAGAAGCGCCAGGAGCUCCAGUUGUCUGGCAACAAUUCGAGCAAUAUUGAGCUUGGCUUCAAAGUCCUGUCACGUUGCUGUCGUCGUCUGGAACAUCUGCACUUGGCUAGCUGUAAAUGGCUAACAGACGAGCUCCUGCUGCCGCUGCUGAACAACAAUAAACAGCGACUGAGCGCCGUCAAUCUGAACGAGUGCGUCAACAUAACGGCGCUUUCGCUGCAGCCGAUCAUUGUGCAGUGCAAGGAGCUGCGCAUUCUGAAGCUCUCCAAGUGCCAGUGGCUGACCACAGGCGCUGUGGACGCUCUGACGCUCCAUCAAAGCAAGCUAGUCGAAUUCGAUAUAUCCCAUUGCGGCGCCAUUGGCGAACGCUGUCUGAUCAUCUUCUUUCGCAAGCUCAACAAACUGACCAUCCUGUCGCUGGCCAACACGCCGAGCGUCACGGACCAGGUGCUCAUACAGAUUGGCAACUAUUGUCGCGAGCUGGAGCACAUCAAUCUGAUUGGCUGCGCCGCCAUCUCCGACUAUGGAGUUCAUGCAUUGACCAAGAGCUGCCCACAGCUGCAAUCUCUGAUGGUGCAACGUUGCCCUUUGGUGACCGAACGCGUUCUGGCUCCACUGCGCGGCCGCCUGCACAUCGAUCGGCCGAUCAUGGGCUACAAUCUGCCGGCCAUGCAGCAUCGCUUGUACCUGCAGGUCUGAGAUGUUAUCAGUUAACUUAUCCAAAUAAUCUAGAGGCUAUCGAUGCUAACGACAACAACUGGAAGCAUGCGAACAACAUCUUUGUAAAUACGGACGCCAUUAAGUAAUUUAAUUCAAUUGUUUAGCUUAAGCUUACAGUUCUUAACAUUAAUUUAAGCUAUACAAAUACAAUUUAGCAAACAAUAUGCUCUGGCCUAUUUAGCUGGAAACCCUGUAAUUU